AUGAUGGUCAAAAUGACCAUGAAUGGACACUGCUUUCUCCAAGGACUUGCUUUUUUCCUCUUCAGUGUCCUAGCGAGUGCUCAAGACAGUGGACAGCUUCGCCUGGUGAACGGGGGCAGUAGCUGUGCCGGCAGAGUGGAAAUCCUUCACCAGGGCUCCUGGGGCACCAUCUGUGAUGAGGACUGGGACCUGAAUGAUGCUGAGGUGGUGUGCAGACAGCUGAGCUGUGGAGAAGCCCUCAAUGCCAUGCUCUCUGCUUACUUUGGACCAGGAUCAGGCCAGAUCUGGCUGAGUGGUAUAGACUGCAAUGGAAAGGAGUCCCACCUGUGGAAGUGCAAUUCCUGGGGCUGGGGAGAGCAUGAUUGCUGGCACGAGGAGGAUGCAGGAGUCAUCUGCUCAGAUGGGUCAACCCAACAGCUCCGCCUGGUGGACACGGGCAGUCGCUGUGCCGGCAGGGUGGAGAUCCUUCACCAGGGCUCCUGGGGCACCAUCUGUGAUGACAGCUGGGACCUGAACGAUGCCCAGGUGGUGUGCAGACAGCUGGGCUGUGGGGAAGCCCUCAAUGCCACAGUCUCUGCUCACUUCGGGGAAGGAUCAGACCAGAUCUGGCUGGAUGAUGUGAACUGCACAGGAAGGGAGUCCCACCUGUGGAAGUGCCCUUCCCGGGGCUGGGGACAGCACAACUGCCGACACAAGGAGGACGCUGGGGUCAUCUGCUCAGAGUUCCUGGCCCUGAGGAUGGUGAACAAGGACCAGGAGUGUGCUGGGUGGCUGGAAGUUUUCUACAAUGGGACCUGGGGCAGUAUUUGCCACAGCCCCAUGGAAGCCAUGACCUUGUCCACGAUCUGCAGACACCUUGGCUGUGGGGACUGGGGGAUCCUUGACACUUCUGUUAAUUUUAGGGAAGGUUCUAGACCCCGGUGGGUGGAUGGAAUCCAGUGUCGGAACACUGAUAUGUCUCUUUGGCAGUGCCCUUCUGACUCUUGGAAAUACAGUUCAUGCGGUCCAAAGGAAGAAGCUUACAUCACGUGUGCAAGAAUGAGACCCAAGAGCUGUCCCACUGCUGCCCCCUGCACAGACAGAGACAAGCUCCAACUCAAGGAUGGAGACACUGAAUGCUCAGGACGAGUGGAAGUUUGGCACAGUGGCUCCUGGGGCACAGUGUGUGAUGAUUCCUGGAGCCUGGCAGAGGCUGAGGUGGUAUGUCAGCAGCUGGGCUGUGGCUCUGCCCUAGAAGCCCUACAGGAGGCAACAUUUGGCCCAGGAAAAGGGCACAUCUGGCUGGAUGAGGUGCAGUGCAGGGGCAGGGAGUCCUCCCUGUGGGCCUGUGCUGCACAGCCCUGGGGGCAGAGUGACUGCAAGCACGAAGAGGACGCUGGAGUGAGGUGCUCUGGUAAAAGAUCAACAUUGCCAACCACUACAGCAGGGACCAGAUCUGACUCAAGGCCUGUCCCCGGCAUCUUCUCCCUGCCUGGGAUCCUUUGCCUCAUUCUGGGGGCCCUUCUCUUCAUGGUCCUCAUCAUACUGGUGAUUCAGCUGCACAAACAGAGAGCAGCGGGCAAAGCCUUAUCCAGCUUUGAAGAUGCUCUUGACCAGGCUGUAUAUGAGGAGAUUGAUUAUCUUGUAACACCGAAGAGAGAGGGUUUUCUGAGCAGCCCAGGAAACCUGUCUGAUGACUCAGUGACUAAGAUGCUUUAUUAUACAGGGGACAAGGAGGGGAAUGGAGACUCGGAUUCUGCUUCGGAUCAGCCCCCAGAACAACAUGUCAAUGCCAUAGGAAACGGUUAUGAUGAUGUUGAAGAGUUACCUGUUCCUGAAAUUCCUUCUUCCCCUGGCAUGAGGGAGAAUUGUUUUUUCCCAAAAGAGGGAGGUGAUGUCUGGUAUUCUCAAAGAGGCAUCUCCCUACAGUCUCCUAGUGAAGCUGUCAACACUAGCAUGGAAGAGAAAGGGUCCUGUUUGGUCCUGAGACAAGAAGACCCUGGGUAUGAUGAUGUUGAGCUUAGCAGGAGGUACUAUGCAGAACUCUACAAAUCAGAAGACAAUGGACAGCUGCGCCUGGUGAACGGGGACAGUGGCUGUGCCGGCAGAGUGGAAAUCCUUCACCAGGGUUCCUGGGGCACCAUCUGUGAUGACAGGUGGGACCUGAACGAUGCCCAGGUGGUGUGCAGAGAGCUGGGCUGCGGGGAAGCCCUCGAUGCCAAACUUGAUGCUUACUUCGGGGCAGGAUCAGGCCAGAUCUGGCUGGAUAACGUGAACUGCACAGGAAGGGAACCCCACCUAUGGAAGUGCCCUUCCCAGGGCUGGGGAAAGCACAACUGUGUGCACGAUGAGGACGCAGGGGUCAUCUGUUCAGGAUUUGUGCGUCUGGCUGGAGGGGGUGGCCCCUGCUCAGGGCGAGUAGAAGUGCACUCUGGACAUGACUGGACUCCAGUGUCUGAUGCGAACUUUACGUGGCCCACUGCCCGGGUCAUCUGUGCAGGACUGGGGUGCGGCAAAGCUGUGUCUGUCUUGGUGGAUGUGCCUUUCAGAGAGUCAGAUGGACAGGCGUGGGCUGAAGAGUUCCAGUGUGAGGGGCAGGAGCCUGAGCUCAGGAUCUGCCCCAGAAUGUCCUGUCCAGAAGGAGCUUGCCAGCACAGCGGGGCUGUUCAAGUUGUCUGUUCAGCAUACACAGAAGUGCGGCUCAUGAAAAAUGGCACCUCUCAGUGUGAGGGACAAGUGGAGAUGAAUAUUUCUGGAAGAUGGAGAAUGCUCUGUGCCUCUCACUGGAACAUGGCCAAUGCCAAUGUGGUCUGUCGUCAGCUCAGCUGUGGAGUUGCCAUCUCAACCCCAAAAGGAGCCAACUUUGUGGGAGGAGGUGACCAGAUCUGGAAAGCCCAGUUUCACUGCUCAGGGACUGAGUCCUUCCUAUGGAAUUGUCCAAUGACUGCCCUGGGCAUUCCUGACUGUACCCCUGGGAACACAGCCUCUGUGAUCUGUUCAGGAAAUCAGACCCAGGUGCUACCCCAGUGCAAAUCCUUUUCUGAACCAGAAGGCUCUGCACCCUCAGAGGACAGCACUGCCAACUGCUCAGGCAGUGCACAGGUCCGCCUGGUGGCGGGGGGCAGUCGCUGUGCUGGCAGGGUGGAGAUCCUUCACCAGGGCUCCUGGGGCACCAUCUGUGAUGACAGCUGGGACCUGAACGAUGCCCAGGUGGUGUGCAGACAGCUGGGCUGUGGGGAAGCCCUCAAUGCCACAGUCUCUGCUCACUUCGGGGAAGGAUCAGACCAGAUCUGGCUGGAUGACGUGAACUGCACAGGAAGGGAGUCCCACCUAUGGAAGUGUCCUUCCCAUGGCUGGGGACAGCACAACUGCUGGCACAAGGAGGAUGUGGGGGUCAUCUGCUCAGAGUUCCUGGCCCUGAGGAUGGUGAACGAGAACCAGGAGUGUGCUGGGUGGCUGGAAGUCUUCUACAAUGGGACCUGGGGCAGUGUCUGCCGCAGCCCCAUGGAAGCCAUGACCUUGUCCAUAAUCUGCAGACACCUUGGCUGUGGGGACAGUGGGACCCUUAACACUUCUGUUUAUUAUAGGGAAGGUUCUAGACCCCGGUGGGUGGAUGGAAUCCAGUGUCGGAACACUGAUAUGUCUCUCUGGCAGUGUCCUUCUGGCCCUUGGAAAUAUAGUUCAUGCAGUCCAAAGGAGGAAGCUUACAUCACAUGUGCAGGAAUGAGAUUCAAGAGCUGCCCUACUGCUGGCUCCUGCACAGACAGAGACAAGCUCCGACUCAGGGAUGGAGGCACUGAGUGCUCAGGACGAGUGGAGGUUUGGCACAAUGGCUCCUGGGGCACAGUGUGUGAUGACUCCUGGAGCCUGGCAGAGGCCGAGGUGGUGUGUCAGCAGCUGGGCUGUGGCUCUGCCCUAGAAGCCCUGCAGGAGGCAGCAUUUGGCCCAGGAAAAGGGCACAUCUGGCUGGAUGAAGUGCAGUGCAGGAACAGAGAGUCCUCCCUGUGGUCCUGUGCUGCAGAGGCCUGGGGGCAGAGUGACUGCAAGCAUGAGGAGGACGCUGGAGUGAGGUGCUCUGGUAAAAGAAUAACAUUGCCAACGACUGCAGCAGGGACCAGAUCUGGCCCAAGACCUGUCCCUGGCAUCUUCUCCCUGCCUGGGAUUCUUUGCCUCAUCCUGGGGGCGCUUCUCUUCCUGGUCCUCAUCAUCCUGGUGAUUCAGCUGCACAGAUGGAGAGUAGAGCACAGAGCCUUAUCCAGCUUUGAAGAUGCUCUUGACCAGGCUGUGUAUGAGGAGAUUGACUAUCUUGUAACACCGAACAAAGAGGAUUUUCUGAGCAGCUCAGAGCCCCCAGGACAACAAGUCAAUGCCAUAGGAAAUGGUUAUGAUGAUGCUGAAGAGUUAUCUGUUUCUGAAAUUCCUUCUUCCCUCGGCAUGAGGGAGAAUUAUUUUUUCCCAAAAGAGCGAGGUGAUGUCUGGUAUUCCCAAAGAGGCAUCUCUCUCCAGUCUCCUAGUGAAGCUGUCAACACUAGCAUGAAAGACAAAGGAUUCUCUUUGGUCCUGAGACAAGAAGACCCUGGGUAUGAUGAUGUUGAGCUUAGCACCAUAUAGCACCAUUCUGGAAGCAUGUAGCUCUUCAAAGA